AGAAAAACAUAACCAGUCGAGGUAAACAAAUAUGGUGGACAAAUGAAUUUUUGUGGAGUACAUCAGCUAAAAAAUAUUGCGCUAGAAGCUUUUGUCAUGUCACUGUUUUAAAACUUUGUAUCAUAGAUUUAUAUAUUACAUAUUUUAAGUAUAUAAAUGGCAGAAGUACACAUAAUUGGACAGAUCAUCGGUGGAUCAGGCUUUCCUGAACACAGCUUAUUCUGCAAAUGGGGAAUAAACACAGGUGGUGCAUGGAAGAUUUUAGCAGGUGUGAGGGAAGGACAGACUCAGGUAGAUAACCCACAAAAUCACUCUGCAGCAUACUUCUCACACCCAAUAGAUGUUCACUUUGCUACUAAAGGUUUACAAGGAUGGCCAAAAUUACAUUUUCAAGUCUGGCAUCAAGAUAGUUUUGGUAGGAAUGAACUGUAUGGAUAUGGUUUCUGCCAUAUUCCAACAUCACCUGGUAUACAUAAUCUCGAGUGUCCAACAUGGCGGCCCUCUGGUAGCUAUAUGGAACAAGUAUCACAGAGCUUCCUUGGUGGAGGCCCUCAACUUAAAAACCCAGAUCUGAUCUACAGUGGAGCAGAUAGAUACAAACUUCAUACUAUUGCCAUGGGAUCUGUCCAUUUACAGAUAGGUGUGAUAUUGAGAAACUUUGACAAAUUUGGAAUAGAAUGUUAGCAUAUUAUUACAUCAAAUGAAUUAUGUGUACUGGGGGUGUUAGGCAACGAUUAUUUUACAUAGAUGAAAUUAUAAGAUGGAUGAUAGAAUGAUACUUAUACAAAACAGUGUAUGAAAGAAAGUUUGAAUGUCAAAGAUUGAUCAAACACAUGUUUAUAAACCAUUAUGAGGUAGUAUUUAAACUAGGUUAGUGAUUAUAACGUAGAACAUGGGUUGUUUCUUACUUGACAAAAUUCAUUUUCUUAUAUCUGUAAUUUAAAAGUGUAUUUGAUAACUGUUACUGCUUUGAAUGAUGUUGAUCAAUUUAAAUACAUGUAAUUUAUUUGUUGGUAAUCUUUGUACUUAAGAGUAAAAUGCAUGGUAAUUACAAAUUUUUAUGGCAAUAAUAUAAUUAUUUUUAUUGGAAGCUAAAAAUAAUUUAUUAUUCAUACGCAUUGUAAUUAAAAGCUCUCCUGACUUUGUUUAACAAUAAUUUUUAAAAUAAUUUGUUAAAUUUUUGAUAAGUGCAUUUCAGUUCAGAUAAACACUACAGUGAAUGCAAUGAAUGCUUCAGAGAAAAAGAUUUCAUAGUAAAUGUGGCUAUCAACUUCCUAGACAUUAGUACAUUGUAAUUUGUAGCAAACACAAUAAUUUUAUAUACCAAUGAUAUUCAGGCUAUUCAUUUCAUAUUUAAAUUUUACAAUUGGUUCUUUCCUACAUUUCUGUUUGUUAGAUUUAAACAAAUAGUGACCUGACUUAGAUUAAUAUUUGGCAUUUUCAACACCAUUUCCUUACACAAUUUACAUGUAGUAUGAACAACAUAUUCUAGUUCAAGUUCUAGAAUUAACUUGCAUGUAAAUUUUGAAUAAUUGCAUAGUGACAUCCUAAACCUUCUGUAAAGCGAUGAUCUAGGAAAGAUUGUUAUAAAUUAUUUUAUUAUUCAAUUGCUAAUUUGGAAAAGGAAAAACCUGGUGUAAGUUAGGAUUUUGGGGAAUCCUGCAUUAUUUGAAAGAAAAUUUCAAUUUUGAGGAGGCCUUUUACGGGUCUCUGU